CAACCACCUCCCAAGCAUCUUUCGUCUGUCCUUUUUUCUAUUUCUGUCCCGCAUCACUGCCCCACACUCAGCCCUCUAGCUACAAGCUUUAAGAUAUCAUACCAAGUAAAUUCUCAGGAGCUUACCGGCGCUCCUCAUCUAUCCCCGACAUCACCGGAGUUGAGCUAGAGGAGUCAACCCAUCUACCCUUCGAUACUAACCGUCACCGCCCCUACCAGAUAGGUCAUAAGCAUGUCGAACACACUCGAUUCUGAUCCCGGCUCGGAGCUCUUCGCCUCAUACGAGGCCGAUUUCAAGCUUGUCCGAGCAGAUAUCUCUCAAAAGCUCGAUCAAAUACCUGAGCUUUCCGGGGAGCCGCGCAAGGCGGCUAUUCGUGCUGCCGAAAGGGCCGUUGAUGAGGCCGAUGAAAUUCUCGGUCAAAUGUCCCUAGAGAUCAAUAAUAUCCCCUCCGCCCAGAGACCCAAGGUUAAAUCCCGUCUCCGCAACUAUACCCAUGACCUCGAUACCUCCCGCCACUCGCUUGUCAAACACGCUCAAAACUUCGACCGUGAUGCUCUCUUUGGAGCUCGCUCGAAACCCGGCACAGGGGAUGCUGUGGUUGACCAGCGCCAACAGCUACUCUCUGGAACUGAUCGGUUAGAAAGGUCUUCGCAGCGACUUAGAGAUUCGCAACGUGUCGCAAACGAAACUGAAGAAAUCGGUGCUUCCAUUUUAGGCGAUCUUGGGAGACAGAGGGAACAGAUCAUGAAUACCCAUAACACCCUGAACGAUAGUGAAAGGUUUCUGGACAGAAGUAUCAAAACUCUUAGGGGUAUGGCACGUAGGAUGGCUACCAACCGGAUGAUCACUAUUGCAAUCAUAACCGUCCUAGUGCUGCUUAUCAUCGCUGUCAUUGUCUCUAAGUUCCGUUAGAAUCUCAUUCUCGUACAUUGGCUGAAGUUCAACUGGUGCUUUAUUUUUAAAUACCGCUUACUCUCACUAUUGUAUUUCCUGUUAGGAUGGAGCCUGGGAGUUAACUUGUGUUGCGUUUUGUGUUUCGUUCGUGACCUCUGUGCCGGGUUCGAAGCAUAAAUAAAUAAAUAAAGUAUAGUUAUACGCUUCCUUAA